AUGAACAACCUGGAGGAAGGGGUGGAGUUCCUCCCUGCCAUGAACUCCAAGAAGAUGGAGAAGCGUGGCCCAAAGCGGUGGGUGGUUGUCACCGUCGUGAUCGUGGUUUUCCUGCUCAUCUCCCUGGUCACCGGCCUCCUGGUUUGGCACUUCAAAUACAGGAACGCGGCCGUUCAGAAGGUUUUCAAUGGCCACUUGCGAGUUCUGAACUGGAAUUUCCUUGAUGCUUACGAGAACUCCAGCUCCCCGGAGUUCAUCAUGUUGGCCAAGAAGGUGAAGAACACGGUGGAGGACAUCUACAGGAAUCAUGCAGAUAUCGGCCCUUACCACAAAGAGACAGUGAUAACUGCGUUCAGUGAAGGCAGCGUCAUUGCCUACUACUGGUCCGAGUUCCUUGUCCCCAAGUACCGGGAGCAGAGUCUGGACAGGGCGAUGGCAGACAAGCAGAGCCUGGUCCAGAGGUUGAACCCCCGCCUGCGAAACCCCGUGCUGAAAGUGGAGUCGGUCAUCGCUUUCCCUGCCGACCCCAGCAUAGCUUACUCCGCUCGGGACAAUAGCUGUGUGUUUGCCCUCCACGCCAAGGAAGGAGAGAUCACCAGUUUCACCACGCCGGGCUUUCCCAACAGCCCGUACCCCAACAACGCGCUCUGCUACUGGACGCUGAGGGCGGACGCCAAUUCCAUCAUCAGCCUGACCUUCAAGACACUGGAACUGGAGCAGUGCACGGAUAACGGUGACUACAUCAAGGUGUACAACUCUCUGAGCCCCGUGGAGCCCCACGCUUUGGUCAGGCUCUGUGGGAAUUACGCCCCUUCCUACAACCUGACCUUCCUGUCCUCCCAGAAUGUCAUGCUCGUCACGUUGGUUACCAACAAGGAGGGGAGAUUCCCUGGCUUUAAGGCUGAGUUCUUCCAGCUCCCGAAGACGAAAGUCUGUGGUGGGACUCUGAAAGGAGAGAGCGGCACCUUCACGACUCCCUAUUACCCGGCACACUACCCCCCGGCCAUGGACUGUGUCUGGAAGAUAGAAGUUCCCUCUAAAAAGAACGUGAAGGUGCGUUUCAACAUGUUCUUCGUGCUGGAGCCCGGGAUCCCGGUCAGCUCCUGCACCAAGGACUAUGUGCAGAUCAACAGCACGAGGUACUGUGGGGAGCGUUCCCAGUUUGUUGUCGCCAGUACCACCAACAAAAUAGAGGUCCAGUUCCACUCAGACCUGUCCUACACAGACACUGGCUUCUCUGCUGAGUAUCUGUCCUAUGACUCCAGCGAUCCCGGCCCUGGCAAGUUUACCUGCAACACUGGCCGCUGCAUCGACAGGCGCAUGCGCUGUGACGGGUGGCAGGACUGCGUAGACGGCAGCGACGAGAGAUCCUGCACCUGUACUGAGCAGCAGUUCAAGUGCCAGAAUGGCUGGUGCAAGCCCAAGUUCUGGGUCUGUGACAACGUGAACGACUGCGGCGACAACAGCGACGAGCUGCAGUGCAGCUGCACAGCUGACAGCUUCAAGUGCAACAGCGGGAAGUGCAUCCCCAACGCGCAGAAGUGUGAUGGCAAGGAUGACUGCGGAGACGGGAGCGACGAGGGCAGCUGCAGCACGGUCCGCAUCACAGUCCCCUGCAAGGAUUACAUGUACAAAUGCCGCAGCGGGAGCUGCAUCAGCAAGCAGAACCCGGAGUGCGACGGGGAGCAGGACUGCGAAGACAAUUCUGACGAGGACAACUGCGACUGCGGGAUCCGCUCCUACACGAGGAAGUCGCGGAUC